AUGUGGUUGAAUGAGAACACCUUGCUGCUGGGGAAGAAGGUGGUCCUGGUGCCCUACACCUCAGAGCAUGUGCCCAGAUACCACGAGUGGAUGCAGUCGGAGGAGCUGCAGCGGCUGACGGCCUCAGAGCCACUGACACUGGAGCAGGAGUACUCGAUGCAGUGCACCUGGCGGGAGGACGCUGACAAGUGUACCUUCAUCGUGCUGGACGCGGAGAAAUGGCAGGCCCAACCGGGCACGGCCGAAGAAGGCUGCAUGGCCGGCGAUGUGAACCUCUUCCUCACAGAUCCUGGGGACCCCACGCUGGGGGAGAUAGAAGUCAUGAUUGCAGAGCCCAGCUGCAGAGGCCGGGGCUUUGGCACCGAGGCUGCUCUCAUGAUGAUGUCUUAUGGAGUCACCAGGCUAGGUCUGACCAGGUUCGAGGCUAAAAUCGGGCAAGAAAAUGAACCAAGCAUUCGUCUGUUCCAGAAACUUCACUUUGAGCAGGUGGCCGUGAGCAGCGUCUUCCAGGAGGUGACGCUCAGCCUGGCCAUGAGUGAACUGGAGCGGCAGUGGCUGCUGGAGCAGACCAGUCACGUGAUAGAGAAGCCAUACCGAGCCAGGUCGCCAGAGCCCCACUGA